UUGUGUUGUCGUCGUCGUCGUAGUAGCCGUCGCGCGGUCCAUUGUCAGUUAGUUAGUUGUUCGUUGCCUUAGCCCAUGCGUUUGGGUUUGGUUUGCCGUUUUUCGGCUGUGUGUUUUUCCGUGUUACUUUUAUCGGUGCGGUAUUCUGUGUAAAGGAAAUUUAGAAGAAAAAAUAAAUUUUAUAAAAAAUUCGCACUCGAAUUGCUUGACGCGUGUUAUUGUGCAUUUUUAGUGUGAAAUAAACGUAAGCGUGUAUAAAAUUAAUAAAGCGGCGUGUGUGCGUAGCGGUAUUCGCGAAGGAAAAACAACAAAAAAUUGCAGUGCUCGCGCAACAACAGCAAAAAAGCAAACUGCUAAGCCACCUUGCACGCUCCGCGCUCUGCCCGCAAAACCGUGUUAUUUGGCUGGCGUCUGCUAAACGCUGACGCUGCUGCUGUUGCAUUUAAAUGAGAACCACAGCGACGCCAUUCAGUCUGCACGUUUUCAUCGUUAUCAGCCGGGAUUAAGGCUUAAGGAUUAAAGGUGCUUCAACUGUGACAAGGAGCAUCAAACAAAUGAAAGAAGCGGAGUAGCAGCAGCAACAACAGUGGAGUGCAUAUGUGUAGCACAGCAUCACAAAGCGUCACAUAUUUAUAUUUCGUCUCAGCAAAUCAGCUGUCAAGCAGCAAGAAGCCUCAAUCUGCCAUAUUUGAGGUCACAUUGGCUUCGGUCUCAAACAGCGUUACCAACCCACCUGCGUCUUUAGCGCUCAGUGUGCCCGCGAAAGCGGUACUUUUAAGUGGAUAAUUUACUUUGCCUCAUAAGCAUAUGCAUAAAUGCAUAUAAAUAAGCGGAAGUUGCUAUAGUACGUGCUCGUGUGGUUGUGCUGUAGCCGGCGUCUGUGCAUUGCUGGCAAAUCUCAACGUUUCCGGUUUUGCUGCGUUGCAGUAUUUAUGAAUACAGCCGCAAGUUGAGUCAGUGAAGGGGAGAGCUCUACCAGCGAAAAUUCACAGUGAACGUUACGCUAUGCUUUCCUUACGCGCGCAAAACAUUUAACCAAGCGCUUACCUCUCGAAUACUCAAAGGACGCACUCUGUUUUGAUUAUCAGCGACGCGCCCACAAAUGUCUGACGAAGUGCCUUCGGGGCGCUUAUCGCAAAUCUUCGAUUCGCUCACCAAUCUACAACAACAACAAGUGCUACAAGCGCGCCGCCGCUCUGCCUCUUCAUCAUCGCCUUCGCCAGCGAAUUCUGGCCGCGCCACGCCAUCCACUGCCAGCGCUGGCCAACAGCCGUUUGCCUUUCACCAUCAGCACUUCAGCAACCAUGCGCAUGCGUAUUAUAUGCGCGCGCAGGAUGGCAACGCGUAUAUGCACACCUUUCCGGCGGCGGCGGCGACGCAAGCGCACCAUCACCAUCACUUGCAUCACAUGCAAUCGGCGCACUGCUAUGCGCAGCAACAAAACGCACAACAGCAGCAGUUGUACUGCGGCGCGCAGCAACAGCAAAUGUCAUUGCCUCCCAUGUAUGCCUCACAGUCGUUGAACUCAUCGCCUUUGCUCACGAAACGCGCCACAUCCUUUAGCGGUAACAUGCCCUUAACGCGUCCGCACUGUGAAAAUAUUGCCGCAAUUCGCAUCUCGGCAGCCACAUCAGGCGCGAGUGGCAAUGCCGUCUCGCAAUCGACUCCAAAUAGUCCGCGUUUGAUGCCGCGACGUGUGCAGCGUCCACCGCCUAUACCGGCAAAGCCAAGCGCGGCGUCGCUGCAAAGUGCUGGUGGUGGCGGUAGUGGUGCUAUGGCUAAGAAGCCCGUGUCAGCCACUGGCAGCGAUGCAUCUGAAAAAUCAGACUCGGGCACGACGCAGCCAGCUGCCGGUGCUGCAAUUAAUCCGGGCUUAGCCGCAUUAGAUACCGAUGCGCCUUGGCCGCAUUUCUCUACGAUCACCGAGCAUUUGGACGUGCAUCAGGUGAACAACUACGCGCAACCAGUUCCGGAGAUUAACUGGCAAGAACGCUGUCUGGAACUUCAACUCGAACUGCAUCGCUCCAAAAAUCAAGCUGGCCGCAUACGUGAUAUGCUACGUGAAAAGGCGGGCAAACGUGUCAAUGUCAGUGUCGCUAGUGAGGCGUAA